GAAAUGUCCCGAGCCAUUACAGUCUUUGCUUACAAAUAGAAUAUUAGAAGAAGUACGACAAACAUGUGAUAAGCAUCCGGCAGAAUGUGGUUUUCGAACAAAUGAAAAUGUGUACCAGGCGUUGAAAUUAAUGCAACUCGUCACUACGACAACAAAUGGUAUAUGUAAUCAGUACUUGGAUAAUACUCUACUGGACUCAUUACCUGCACCAGAUGCCAAUUGUUUUAGAAAGUACUCCUGUACAUCAACAAAAAAUCUUAGACGAAAGAUGGAGGACCGCUAUACUGCUGUACUUGAUUUAAAUACAACAUUUGGCGUACCAUCUGAGAAUGAUCAAUUAUGCAGUUUUUACGGUGUAUUUGAUGGGCAUGCUGGUCACGAAGCUGCUGCGUAUGCUGCUGCACAUCUACCUCAAUACUUAACAGAAUCUCCUUCGUACAAAUCAAAUAUGGAACUUGCACUAAAAGAGGCAUUUCUCAAAACGGAUAAGAGUUUUGUCGAAAAAUCACGGGCGGAAAAUUUACGUAGCGGAACAACAGUUGUAUCUGCAGUAUUGCAACCCCGAUUGUUAACUGUGGCAUGGGUUGGCGACUCGCAAGCUCUACUGGUCAAAGAAGGGCGUGUUAUGCAGAUUGUAGUACCACAUAAACCUGCACGAGAGGAUGAGAGAAAACGUAUCGAAGACCUUGGAGGAUUUAUUGUUCAGUAUGGCAUACCGCGUGUGAAUGGACAACUAGCUGUAUCUCGUGCGAUAGGCAAUGUAGAUCAUAAACCUUAUGUGACUGGAGAACCAGAUGUGAAAACGGUUUGUUUAGAUGGGCAUGAAGAUUUUCUUAUUCUUGCAAGUGAUGGUUUAUGGGAUUUUUUAACAGAAGAUCAUGCGGCAACUUUUGUUUAUGAUUCUGUAUGUAGUGAUCCAGAUAAUCCAGACCUUUGCAAUAAAAUAACUCAAGGAUUGGUGUGCCUUGCUAAGCAGCAUGGCAGUACUGAUAAUAUUACUGUAAUAUUAAUAUUUUUGAAAGUGCCCAAGUUUUUGGCAUCUCAGCAGUCAAAUAUGAAAAUAAAGGUUAAUGAUGACCUAUUAAAGGAUUGCCAUGAGCAUUAUGAACAAUAUGAAAAUACAAAUACAAACAACAAUAAAGAUCAGCAGAAUAACAUUACACAGCCAGCAAGUGGCGACUACCAGAAGGAAUUAAAAGAUAACAUAAUUUAUAUUGAAUCUUUUAAUUCAUCAAAUUCGGAAAAUCGCGAGGAUACCAAAGUGAGUGUAGCGAUUGAUGAUGAAUUAGAAAACGGGUGGAAGUAUUCUGAAGGUGCACAAGAUUUGAGUGAUUCAGUAAAUAAAUCAUCCAAAAAUAAGUUGAAUGACUACAUGAUGGCGUCCCAAUUGAAUCCAGAAGCUGCCGAGUUUGUACCGGUUGAAGCGGGUAGUCCUGCACGAUCAGUAUUAUUUUUGAGAGAAGGCUUGCUUGAUGAUGUAAUGGCUCGAAGUCCAAGACAAUUUAGUGCUGCUGAACAAGUUCUUAAUGUACCAUCGGAUACUGAAUUUGCAUCAGAAAUUAAAUCAAGACCAGGAGAACUAAGUGCAAAUGGUUCUUUUGAAAGCGAUAAGAAAGAAUUAAUUUCUACUAUAGGAGAUGGAAUUGACUACAUCAGCAAUGAGAAUAUAGGAUUCUUGCCCAUGUCACAAAAUUCCAAUAAAUUCUUUGAACCUGCAUGUGAAAACAAUGACUUUUUGGUAAUAAGUAAUAAAAUACAAGAUGAGCUAAAUACAGUGCAGAAAUUGCCUUUAUCUGAUAGUGAUGAAGAAAGUGAUAGCAUGAAAACUAAUUCACAAUUUAAUAAUGAGAAUGAAAGUUACGAAAGAAAAUUGAAUGAAAAUGAUCAUUCUUUACCGUCCGAGCUACAAGAUUUUUCAAAUUCAGCUGAUCAGAACAAUGUGCCCUAUGUUGCGGAGCAGAAUAAUAUUAUUGAAGAGUCUUUAGAUUCUAUCAAUAAACGAUCCUCAUUUGAUAAUGAUGAAUAUGUGCAAACUAGCAAGGAAAUUAUACAGGCAUCUUUCAUAAAUGAGAAGGAAAGCAUGUCACCAGAUAAUGAGCAAAAACUUUUAGAACAAAUAAAUACGGUUGGGUUAAUGGACAAUGUUUUUGACACAAGUAAUGAAAUUGGGAAAGAUCAUUCUGGCCAGCAAUCAGUAUUUGACAGUAUUGUAGAAAGUGUAAGUGAAAAUACUCAAUUUUUUUCUAAAAUUAUAGAAGAUGUUAAAGCAAAUGAUAAAAACGAAACAUUAGAAAUAGAUCUCUGUGAUAAAAAUGUACUACUUGAUUCCACUUUGUCAAACAAAGAUGUGUUAUCUGAGAAUAAGAAUUUAGGUUUUUCAUGGAGCGCCAGUGAUUCUGCAGAACUCCAAAUUGGAACAGUAAUUUGUGAAGAAGAUCCCAUUCAUAUCACUAAUCAAAAUAACAUAACAAAUACAGAAUUAACCACAAGUGAAAAUAAUUAUCAAGAGCAAAAUGCAUUAACAAAACAAAAUGAUAAUGAAUGUUUUGAGCAGAAAAUACCUGUACCUGUGCCAUUAGAACCUAAUAUACACCUGCUUGAUUUUCCUUUAAUAGAAAGUAAAGAACAUGAUUCAAACAAAUCAAAUGAAAUGGCAAUAAAAAAAGAUGAUGAGCAAGAUAUCUCAACUUCUACUUCGAUUAAUUCACUAAUAUCAAAUAAAGAAAUUCAAAGUAAUCUAAUUGAUGAUCAAAAUAUGGAAUUAACACAUUCGAAUGUCUUAGAAAGUGAAUUGCUCAUAAAACCUUUAGAAAUAUCAAAUGGUGUUCAGGAAGAACAAAUAAAACUAUCAAAUAAAACUUUGCCCAAACCUAUAGAACCAUCAAAUGAAAUGUUGGUGCAAUUAGAUCAAGGUUUAAAUGAAAAUAUGAAAGAAAUAAGAGUGACCAAUAAUUCUUCUGAUGAAAUAAUACCUUCACCAUAUGAAAAUUUAGUAAAAUCAGCAGAACUAAUAAAUGAAAGUCUUGAAUCAAUGAAAGUAUCAAAUGAAAUUCAGAAUGAACCAGCGGAACAAUCUAACAUACUCUUCUCAGAAACUAAUGUUUUAUGUUCUAAUACAGAGGCAGAUCUUACACAUAUUUCUAAGGAACCGGACAAUGAAAUUUUGCCAGCAGAUUGUAUAAUUGUAGAUAAUUCUGCAACAGUUUUAACAGAAAAUGUGAAAUUGCCUUCAAAUGAUCCAUCAACAAGGAAAGAUGCAUCUGCUAAUGAUGAUGAAGUUCAUACAGCAUUAGUUGAUAAUAAUGCGUCAUCAGUACAAUCUGGAAUAAAAACAGUAGUUGAUAAAAUAGAAAAAUCGCCAGUUUGUAAUUUAGGAAAACAAACAUCACCUAAUAAAACUUCUCAAAAUACAAUUUCUUCAAAAUCCUCAACUGCUGGUGUUGCUUCUAGGACUUCAAAAUCUUCAGCAACUUCUAAAACAAAUGCGACAUCAGCCAGAGAUGCUGUAAAAUCUACUGCAACAAAACAUACAUCUAUUGCUCCAACAAAACCUUCUUUGGUCGCGAAAAAGCCUGGCUUGGCCGCGACAAAGCCGGCUACUGCGGCCACAACAAAGCCGGCUACUACGGCCGCAACAAAGUCGGCUACUACGGCCUCAACAAAGCUUGCUUCGGCCGCAACAAGGCCGGCUACUACGGCCUCAACUAAGCUUGCUUCGGCCGCAACAAGGCCGGCUAUUACGGCCUCAACUAAGCUUGCUUCGGCCGCAACAAGGCCGGCUACUAUGUCCUCAACAAAGUCGGCAACAACGGCCACAACAAAGCUUGCUUCGGCAGCAACAAAGCCGGCUUCAACAAAGCUUGCUUCAGCAGCAACAAAGCCGGCUACUACGGCCUCAACAAAGCGUACUUCAGCAACAACAAAGCCAGCUAUAACGGUCUCAACAAAGCCGGCUACUACGGCUUCAACAAAGCUUGCUGCAGUCUCAACAAAGCCGGCUGCCACGACUUCAACAAAGCUUGCUUCGGCCUCAUCAAAGCCAGCUUCGGCCGUCCCAAAGCCUGCAAUUGGUGUUGUGAAACAAUCGGGAUCUACUACGAAAUAUCCUACUGCCAGUACAACUAGAGCCAAGCCAGCUGCCACUUCUACAAGGCCCACAACUGCUGAUUCAGCGAAGUCAGCUACAGCAGGUAAUGGAAGACCAGCUGUCAGUGGUACAAAAUCGGCCACUGGCACUGCAAAAUCUGCUAAACCUACUGCAAAUUCUGCUGGCAAUUCUGUUAAGUCUACUACUACUUCUACUGCAAAGUCUGUCACCAGAACUGCAAAGUCCAAUUCUGGUUCUGCAAAAACUACUGCUAGCACUGUGAAGAAGCCUGAUGCUAGUCCUAGGUCUUCAGUUGAUAUUCCAAAAUCUUUUGAUGCCUUGGGAACUAACUCUGGCAAGUCGGACCAAGACUUUGAUGCAUCUAAAUGUAAUACUAACAUUGUAAAUCCUCAAAUUACAAAGAUUGCUUCAUGUACAGUGAAUACUGCUAUUGAAUCUUCAAAUGCUUCAGAAUCAACAACGCAUAACAAUCAAUGCACAAACACAAAUCAAAAUGAGGAUAACAUUGAGAAUUUUCUGAAAAAUGAAAACUCUGUUUCUUGUGUGGAAGGAGCAAGUGGUUGUACAAACAUAUCACAUGAGGAUGUACAACAGUGAAGAUAUUUUUAUAUACAAAGUUUAUAUAAUAAAAAGUUGCUUCUUUAUCUGCGAAUGAACUAUCGCCACAUAUACCAAAAUGGAGGUGGUUUUAAAUUUAUAUGGCAAAUAUAUUUUACUUUUAUAAUUAAUUCUAUAUGAGAUUUUACUUGUCUUUUUUAAGCAUCAUGAAAUUACA